AUAAUGAUUAUUUAUAGGAAAUAUUAAGAAGCGAUUUUAUGAUAUUUUAUCUCGCAUCUCGUGCAAAUUAUUUUUUUCUUUUUAUACUUCUUGCCUAUCGGCGCAAAUUCGAUCUUGCUUGCCUCGAGAGCGGGCUCACAUUAUCCUAUCUGAUUUCUAUUCCUCGUUUUUCUAUCACGUAUGAACGACUUCUCGAAUUUCAACACCUGCGGCUCGUUCUUAGCAGCAGCUGCGAGAUUUAUUCACGGAUCAGUGCUCGACGAGAUUGUUUCAUCAGUGCGAUCUGAAGAAUAUAACUCGCACCUUCGUCCGACGUGUCUAUAAUGGAGAUUCAGGAGAAAAUCGUGCUCAUCACCGGCGGAGCCAACGGGAUCGGUUAUUGCACCGCUCAGGAAUUGCUUCGAAGUGGUGCGAAGGUCAUCGUAAUUGUAGAUUUGCCCGACUCGAACGGCGAGAAUGCCGCGGCGGAAUUGGGAAAGGAGUUUGGCGCAAAUCGAGCUAUUUUUCUCGUCGGAAAUGUGACGAAUGAUAAGGAACUCGCGGCUUGUUUCGAUAAGGCGGUAGAGUUACUUGGCCCACUGGAUAUUAUUAUCAAUAAUGCCGGCAUUAUAAAUGAUGCGGAAUGGGAACCGAUGGUUGAUAUUAAUUAUAAAGGAGUUGUACGUGGCACGAUACUUGGCUUGAAUCACAUGGGAAAGCAUAAGGGUGGAAAGGGCGGUACCAUCAUCAAUAUGUCAUCCAUAGUCGGUCUGCAGGGCAAUCCGCUCGCGCCAAUUUACGCCGGCACGCAGUUUGCCAUCCUCGGAUUCACCUCGUCGUUACAGACUUUCUACGAGAAAACAGGUGUACGCCUAUUGGUGAUAUGUCCUGGACUCACGAGCACUAACAUGGCCUCGAAGUUUAUGUCGAGCAAAACGUAUGCAAUGGAUAUCCUAGACGACGAGAUUGCUGCCAAAGCAAUGAUGACGAUGGAGAGUCAAUCUCCUGAACACGUAGCGACUGCUAUUGCCGAAUUGCUCGAGAAAGGAAAGAACGGCACGAUCUUCGUCAGUGAAAACAAUCAACUCGCAUACGCCGUGCAAUUGCCGUGUUACUCUGAUCUGAAAGUUUCGAUAUUAAUUAAGUUUCACUUGCCAUUGCACAGCAAAAAGCAUUUUCUAUUUCUGUUCAAAGCGAUCAAAGAUAUUGAAUUGCCAUAUUACAUAAUGGAGAAUGUGCAAAAUAAAACUGCAAUAGUCACUGGUGGCGGAUCCGGCAUUGGCUACUGCAUCACACAAGAAUUAUUGCGUAAUGGCGCAAAGCGAGUCGCUGUCAUCGAUUUGCCAAUUCCCAGAACUCACGAAGCACUAAACAAGUUGCAAGCCGAAUUCGGGAAACAACGCGUCAUUCUCUUCGAGUGUGACAUAACGAAACCUGAAUACGAAGAGACUUUCAAGAAGGCCGUGAACGCUCUCGGUGGACUCGACAUACUGGUGAAUAAUGCUGGACUUGUGAAUGAUACGAAUGUUGAAAAAACGUUUGCUGUUAACUGCGUAGCUCUGAUUCACGGAUCGCUGUAUGGUGUGAAUUACAUGGGCAAACACAAGGGUGGAAAAGGUGGUACCAUAGUAAAUAUUGCAUCUUCAAUUGCCAUAUUGCGUUACGCAGAAGUUUUACCAGUGUAUACCGCUUCUAAAUAUGCCGUCGUCGGAUUUUCUCAAGCAUUCAAGGAUUACUAUGACAAAACUGAUGUUCGUGUUUUAACAAUGUGUCCUGAUAUGACAAACACGGCGUUUCCAAAAACCGCAACGUUUUUCGAUUUUAUUGGCAUGCCAACUUCAUGGCACAAUGAUUUUAGUGCCAGUCAAAGCCCCACGAAUGUGGCAUGUGGCGUUGUUCAGUUCAUUCAGAAGGGCAAGAACGGAGCGAUAUGGAGUGUUAUGUUAGGCGAACGGGAUGAGUGUGUGCUUCAUGCACAUGAAUUCCAGCCAGUUACUAGCGUUCCUGUAAUGUAAAAUGCAACAUAGUCUGGAGAUACAGAAAAAAUAUUCUGGAUGAAAAACUAAACAACGUGAAGACUUGAAGGCGUAACUAUUAAAAUAAUGUGCUUGAUAUAAAACAAUGGCACAUAAUACUAGUGAUUGCAAGAUUAUAACAUUGUAAUGAAACACAGAAAAGAGGAAAAUUAAUCUCCAUUAUGUUAGUCGCGACUAACAAUGUAAAGCGCGAAAAUUGUAAUAAUGGUAUUGUAAUAAUGGUAAUAAAGACUAAAAUAAAACACAAUUAGUACGUACAAAAUAA